CCGAAGCAUUAAUGUUGCAAACGAACAGGCUAGUUAGCCAACAAGCUAACAAGCUUAGCCCCGUCAGCUAGCUGUGUUACCGUUAGCUCAUGUUAGCUGCUGCGCUAGCGAUGCUAACUAGCCCCCCAAAACCAUCAGCCACAUCGUUAAACAUACUCUUAAUGUAACAACAGAACAUCGUAGUGUAUACGCAUGAACCUGUCUUGUUAAAUUGAUGAUAUGUGUGGAUAUCCAGUGCAAGAAUUAGUGCGAUUGUGGCCCAUUUGUCAACCGCGAGGUCCCUCCGCUGAUUCUGCGAUUGAGCAUCAUGGGCCUUGAACCCUAGCAUGCUUUAACCCUUCAAUGUUGACCUUUCACCCACAGGAAAAGAAAUACCUUUAUCUUCCGUAUCGAUUUUACAUAGCUGGCUGUCAGGAGCUUGUUUGUGUUACUACUGCACCUUUACUGCCCAUUCGUUGUCACUUUAAAUCCAUAUUGUGCCAUAUUUUGUCAGGCCAUCAAUAGUACAGUUACGAGCUAGCGGUUAGCAUAGGCCACGAACUAACAUUAGUUAGUAGCACGCAAUACCAUAAAUCAGAUGGUAAUAUUUCACAUUAUAGUUCAUGACGGAGGAUUUCAAACCACAUUUUUAACAUCGUUAAGAAGUGUCAAUCUAAGUUUUGUCCAGAAAUAUAUUGAAGCUAAAGGGAGACUUAACGGGGAACUGAAGCAGGGGGGUAAAUAGUAGUAGCAUUAUAGCUACGUGUUUGUAAGACUUAACGUUACUGGCUUUUUAUAAUUUUUCUUAGAUAUGAUACAGUUUAUCAUAUUAAAAGUAUUGAUUUUGAGCUUUGUGCGGCUCCAAUACACAUCGGUAUAAGACAUGAUAUUUUCACAUGUGAUAAAAGUUUUAUGAGACGUCCUAGGGGUAUCAUGUUUACACACAGAACUCAAAGAUCUACUUAACAAUUAGGAUUGUUUUCCCCUACUUUUCUUACAGUAACACAUUUUUAUGAAGGACCAACACCGACAGUUCAUUGAUAUUAUCAAUGAGUAUUGUCAGUGUUCCCGAUAGAGCGUAUUCUUCCACAAUUAGUCUUCUGUUACCAAGAACCAUUGCAAAUAUGGAGCUCCGAGGUUGCACUGGAUGACAUGUUCCUGUAUUACUUUGAACAUGGCCACUAUAUAUUAUGGUGUGAAUGCCUCAUGUGGCACUGAUGUGAAGAACAGUAGAAGGUGUAUGCAGUAUCAGAAUGGAUGGGCAGACUCAAAGGAUUCAACUUGUGUCGGCAGACAGCAAUAUGGCUUUAGGACACAGAAUACAGAUUGUAACUGAUCAGCAGACUGGACAGAAAAUCCAGAUCGUCACAGCACUUGAGCCGUCUUCCCCUGGAAAGCAGCAGUUUAUCUUAGCAAACGCAGACUACUCUUCUGCAGGGAAAGUGAUCCUUGCCAAGCAGGAGGGCUCCCCCAACAAAGUCAUCCUCGCCUCUCAGGACAGCUCUGGGGUUAACCACCUGUUGUUUGCAUCCCCUGAUCUGGCUGGGCAGCAGAUUCAGUUUGUUACUGAAGGGUCGGACCAGUCUCUUGGGAAACCGGUUGUGGAGUACUGUGUUGUCUGUGGGGACAAGGCCUCUGGGCGUCAUUACGGGGCUGUCAGCUGCGAGGGCUGUAAGGGCUUCUUCAAACGCAGCAUUAGAAAGAACCUGGUGUAUACAUGCAGAGGCUCUGGAGAGUGUGCCAUAAACAAGCUCCACCGAAACCGCUGCCAGUACUGUCGACUGCAGCGCUGCAUAGCUCUGGGCAUGAAACAGGACUCUGUGCAGUGUGAGAGGAAACCUGUUGAAGUGAACACCAGAGAGAAAUCUGUCAACUGUGCAGCCUCCACUGAGAAAAUCUACAUCCGAAAAAACCUGUGCAGCCCUCUGGCCGCCACACCUACCUUUAUGUCUGACAAGGAAACAGCCAGGUCUACAAGUUUGCUUGAGUCAAGCAUGUUGCUCAACAUCCAACAACCGUUCUCCAAGAUGGAAAACACAAUCUUGAUUCCAGCGUCCCCUGACAAGGAUGACCCAUCUCAAGGUGACCUCGGCACGCUGGCAAAUGUAGUGACGUCCCUCGCCCACCUCAACAAGGCCAGGGAGGCGAAUGACAGCUGCAACGAUAUGAUGGGAGAUGAUACGCUUAGUAACGGGGACAGCUCGAUGACAGACCUCCAGGCAGAUGAGCAAACUGCAAGUGAUAUUACUCGAGCUUUUGACACUCUGGCCAAAGUCGCGCACCCUUCUGAUGGAUCGGCAGGAGAGUCCCUCGAGGCCACCAUGCAGUUGAUGUCAGGGGACCAGUCAGGUCCUGUAGUGGAGUUGGAGGGGCCGAUACUCUCUGACAGCCAUAUCCCUUUCAAGCUUAUGAUGCCUUUGCCUGUGCCAGAGUACCUCAAUGUCAACUAUAUCUGUGAGUCAGCUUCCCGGCUACUUUUUCUCUCUAUGCACUGGGCACGCUCCAUCCCUGCGUUUCAAACACUUGGCGGUCAAGAUAAUGACAUUAACUUAAUGAAAGCCUGCUGGAAUGAGCUGUUCGCCCUGGGUCUGGCGCAGUGCUCCAACGUCAUGAAUGUUGGUACCAUCCUAAGUGCCAUUAUCAACCAUCUGCAGACCAGCUUACAGGAAGAAAAGCUGUCACCAGAUCGAGUGAAACUAGUAAUGGAGCACAUCUGGAGGAUGCAGGAGUUCUGCAACAGCAUGAUCAAGCUGUCCCCGGACUCUUAUGAAUAUGCCUACCUCAAAGCCAUCAUUCUCUUCAGUCCUGAUCACCCGGGCAUAGAUAAUACUCCACAGAUAGAGCGCUUUCAGGAGAAGGCCUACAUGGAGCUGCAGGACUACGUGACCACAACUUACCCAGAAGACUCCUAUCGGUUAUCCAAGCUGUUGCUGCGUCUUCCCGCCCUCAGGCUGAUAAGUGCGGCUGUCACUGAGGAGCUGUUUUUCGCCGGGCUCAUCGGCAACGUGCAGAUCGACAGCAUCAUCCCAUACAUCCUGAAAAUGGAGUCCACCGACUACAACAGCCAGGCGGCCUCUGGGGUCUGACACCUGUUUGUGCCAUCUGUAACUGAACUGGACAGCAAGCCAAUCAGAGGACUCCACAGAGCGAUCACAAAGUGGUCCCCACAUACUGUAUUUAUGACUCCGCAUCCUAUGGGAAAUCAGUUUUCACUCUUACAUUGCUCCGACUCCUCAGUAACCGGCUAGUAGAGCUCCGCUCACAGAGAGGACAAGUGAAAUCAGUGGCCUGCGCACCUGCCAAACUCUGCCCCUUCAGGAAGGAAACCUGGAAACCUGCAUCGAAGAUAGCGCUUUUUAUUGUACAUAGUAUUUUAUGCUUCAUCGCCUGCAAGCCUUUCCUUUUUUUCUGCAGAUCUUGUUUUCUACUAAAAAGAAAUCAGGAUGGUUUGAUUUCCACUGCUUUCCUACGUGGUCCAUGCUUUUUUAAUUUUCCAAUAAUCACGCGGAGAAAAAACGUGUCAUAAUGUGAGAUGUUAUUGUUCCAAAAGGUUAUAACCUUUAUUUCUUAUUUGUUUGGCAAUCCAAAGGAUCAGGCCGCACCAGUUGUGAAAUAUCUGACAUCAGGAACUUAUUGUGUGUGUGUAUAUAGAUUUGUAUAUAGAUCGCACCAAGGAGGCUAAAAUGGGCAGCACUUGGUAACUCACCAAUUCCAUCUUUUGGACUCUAAUGUGGACAGAAAAUUGACAUGUCAUUUAAAAAUAAAAACACAUUUCAACCA